AUGGAUCUCAGCCGAGAGAAUACCGUUACCACCCCGGCACGAGAAAUCAAGACAUUGGUUCUCCCUAGUGUCAUGUUAUACCAAGUCGACACGUUAAAUGCUAAGAAACCCGGCCAAAAUAACACCACCACGACCGCCGGUCUGAAAAUCGAAGAUAUCCACCCCUUCUUACACCGGGAUCAUACGUUCAGUGCUCUGAUUCAUGGUCUUUAA